AUGUCGAACGAAGCAUCAGGCACUAUUAAAUUAGAACAAGCAAUAGGUGAAGAUCAGGAUGAUUUGUUAUUUUCUUAUCUUCAUUCAAACUGUAUUUCAAAUGUACCUUAUUUAAAUGAUGACACUAGUCUGUCUGAUAUCAAUAGCCUAUCUUCUUCUUCUUCUCCAAAUGCCCUUGAUUUUACAAAUGUUUACAAUAAUCAUGAUAUUCAACAGGAUUAUUUAAAUAUCUUUAGAGAUUCUACUCAUACUUUUGAUAAGGCUCAGUCAACUGAGUAUCAGAAGCAUCAAGAAUUGUCAAUAGCAUCUCUCUGCUCUCAUUUUAUGAAUGAUAUGAUGCACGUAAAUAAUCCCAAUAGCCAUCAUCCGCAAAAUCUCUCAAUCAUAUCUUCUACUACUGAUAAUAUAUCAAAUAAUUGUUCAAAUCUUAAUAUCUCACAACGACCUACUUCUCCAAGUUCUUUCGGUCUCUAUUCUUGUCUUUCAUCUAAUAACAAUGAUAAUAAGUUUAAAAAAAGACGUGGGCGAAAGAAGGCUGUUGCUGCUGCUGCUGCUGUUGCUGCUGCUGCUGCAGAUGAUGAUAACAAUCACCAAAAGAAAACGAUCGGCAUUUCUCCACCAGCGCUAACAAAGUUAUUACCUAUGAUAUUACCUGCCUACAAGCCCCAAAAUUUACAUCAGAGACAAAGCAUAGUGAAUGCAAAAUUACUGGACCAAUCCAUAACAAAUCAUACCAUUCCUUUAUCAGACCAUAAUGAAAGAGUAUCUGAUUUUCAACAAGUCAAUCAUACUUUAAUCAUGACACCCACUCUAGGCAAUAAUAGAAAUGAAAAAAGCUUGUCUGAUUCUGAGAAGGUUGCAACUUCAUUAGCCAAGAAACAAGAAAGACUUAUCAAGAAUAGAGCAGCAGCAUUACUUUCACGCAAAAGAAAGCGUGAAUAUCUGGCUACACUUGAAAAUCAAUGCACUGAAUUAUCUAGGACAAAUAGGAUCCUUCAGGAUAGAAUUGCAGAAUUGGAGCAAGAUAAUUUUAAAUUAAAACAGUUAAGUUUUGAGUCAAAUAAACAUAGUAAUGCCAUAGAGCGAUUAAAUGGAAGUGACCUUAUUUUAAUGAUAUUUCUGUGCUAUUUUAUUUUUAUAUUUAUGUUGUUUUCGUGUAUUCAUUUACAUCAACUCUCAGCAACGAUUCAUUAUAGUAAUGUUACUACAAUAAUGCCUAAUUUAUUAGAAAGAAGUCCAACCUCUCAAUUGAAGACUUAUCGUAAUUCUCAAGGUUUUAAAGAUAAGUUAAAACAGUAG